AUGAGUUCCUAUAAAAACUAUUACGUCUACGGUGGUAAAGAAAAAGAAAAAGAAAAUGAAAAUGAAAAUCACCAUGACAUUGAAAAAGAAACAGAUGAACAUGAAGUAAAUAGUUAUGUUCCAAUGGACUCACUGGGAAUUAUUCCGAAUGCAAAAAGUUAUCAACCAGGAGACAUGUGUGAAUUACUCAUUAUAGCUCCGUUUAGUCCAGCUAAUGGUCUCAUUCUGCUCGAUUGCGAUGGUCAAGUUUCACAACCAAUAGGAUUUCAAAUAGAAUCCGGAAAAGAUUCAGCAACUGUUGAAUUUAAAAUAUCAAAAGAUUGGAUACCAAAUUUUACGGUUCACGCUGAAUUAAUCGGGUCAACUCCAAGAGAAAUGAAAGUAACCGAUUCACCAUAUCGUCCAGCAAUUGCUUCUCAUUCCGUGUCAUUAGAAGUAUCAAGAGAUUUCUAUAAGCUAAAUGUUUCGGUUGAUACAUAUGAAUCAAAUAAAAUCUAUACACCAUCAUCGACCAUCCAUAUCGAUAUCGACGUUAGACAGUAUGUCGAUAAUGCACCUGCUAAAAAAGCAGAAGUUUGUUUAAUUGUUGUUGAUGAAGCAAUCUUAUCAUUAACUGAUCACAAAUUACAGAGCCUGUUAGAAAUAUUUUAUCCUGGUCGAUCGAAAAAGAUUACACAAUUUCAUAGUAGAACUCGUUGCUUGCUAUUCGAUCCACAGCAAGUAGAACACCUUAAGAAAAAAAUAAAAGAAAGUCUCUACUCAGACGAAGACGGAGGUUGGGGUGGUGGCGGCGGUGGUGGUGGCGGUGGUGGUGGUAAGCGCCACGGUAAGUUUAAGUCAAGUGCCUACGACCUUGGGAAAAAAAUAAAUGUUCGGUCGAACUUCAAUCCCCUCGCAUGUUGGACACCUUCGUCAGUCACUGAUUCCUCUGGGCGUAUUUCAAUUGAAAUUAAAUUACCUGAUAAUCUUACACGCUACCGUGUAUGGGCACUAGCAACCAAUGAUAAACAAUAUGGUUUCGGUGAAUUAUCACUUACUGUACAACUACCGAUUAUGAUUCGACCUUCACUACCAAGAUUUCUGAAUUAUGGAGAUACGGCAUAUUUCUCAGUUAUUUUACAAAAUCAAACCAAUCUAUCACUACAAUUACAUACUGGUUUGAAGGCAACCAAUGCAAAAUUAUUAACAGCACAAGCAAAUCGACCAGCAUUUGGCUAUUCAAUUGUUUUACCACCAAAUAAACGAGCCGCUAUUACGUUUCCAAUACAAACAGUGCAUGCUGGUACAGCUCGAUUUCAGUUCAUAGUUAAUACUCCUAGAAAUAAAGCAUCUCCAUCAUUCGGUGAUGCCAUCGAAGUAGGUUUACCUGUAUUUAUGCCAGCGACAUCAGAAGCAUUUGCAACAUACGGUGAUACACAUGAAGAAGUUGUUUUACAGCCAAUAAAGACACCAAAGCAUGUUCUUUCACAAUACGGUGAACUAUCAAUAACAACAAGCUCAACAGCAUUAGCAUCAUUAACUGAUGCAAUUAUUUCGCUUUAUACAUAUCGAUUUGAAUGUNACAUGUCCGUAAUUUUUUUUUGA